UUUACCGUGUUUUAGCGCGCUGUCAUGCUUUUUCAUCCGCUCGGGUCUACCUUAGUGUUCCGGUGGCACUGACUUGUAAUACCGUUAGUCUGGUGCCCGUAAAUAUGUCGCAACAACCGCCAUGCUCUGUUGUCGGUUGCAAGCCCAGUGAUCGGCCAGGGCGCAUUCGGCAUAGGCUGCCUUGUGAUGAAGCGCUGCGCCUUGCCUGGCUGCAAUGCAUUGGACUUCCGCCGACAAAGAAAUUUGCACUGGUUUGUGGCCGGCACUUCGCGCCGGAGGAUUACACCCUUGACCCGCGGAUGCAACAGGAAAUGGGCUUUGCGUUUAGACCGGCGCUGCGCCCGGGCACGAUACCAACGCUGUUCGUUCCGAACAGGGUGCCUUUGCCUGCACCAUGCAGUAGUCGGCCUGAAGCAUCACAAACAGGUAAGACGUGCAGAUGCAGCCGAGCUCCACUGCUUUGCACAGCCAGCUCGCAGACAACACAGGAUCUGUGCAGCCUUCGUGCGUCAUCCGAGGCUCACACACAAACCCUUAGAAUCCUGCGCACAGCUGGUACCCAGACACCACGGCAGCCGAGUUCUGGAAGAAAUGCUGGGACGUCCACCUCUCAUACCAUGGCGGCUACAGUGUCGUGGACUCCCUCAAAGGCCCAAGUCUUCGAUGUUGUUGUCCCUGCGGGGAAUGGUCCCGAGACAGUCGUCGAUGCGACAGCCUCAAUAGUUGGCCUCUCUGAGGUCUACUGCGUUCAGCACAUGGGAGGCCUCAACUUCCAAGUUACUGUCAAGAGCAUGGCUUCCAUGACUCUAAUCGUCAAUGCUGGCUGCCUUGUCAUCGGUGGUGAGCGUUGUCUUGUUGUUCCUGUCGGCCUGCAGGUCACCAACGUAGCCUGCCUCUUCCUGCCAUCCUUUGUUCCGGACGAAGUUCUCAUCCAGGCACUCUCACCAUACGGCAAGGUUCUGUCUGUCAAUGCUGGUCUUAUGAGCGGACGACAUGGCGUGCUCACAGGUACGCGCUUCGUUCGGAUGGAGAUGUGCACCACAAACCCUGUCCCCAAUUAUCUGCAAGUCUCUGGUCACCGAGUGAAGUUUGACUACCACGGUUUACGAAGUGUGUGUCAUCGGUGCGACUCGAGUGACCACUGCCAUGCACAGUGCACCGCACCAUUCUGUGGCCAUCGUGGAAUCGACGGCCAUGAAAGCAAAGGAUGUGACUGUCCAUGUCAGCGUUGCGGGGAUGGUCAUCCUACGGUCAUGUGCCCUGAACUGCGCUCUUACUCAGACGCUGCUGCUGGAGCUUUAAACACUACGAAAACACCUGACCCUAUGACUUCUAUGCUGGGUGCAUCAACGAAAUCUGCUGUGGCUUCAGUCUCCACAAUUGUGUCGCUUCCAACGCCGUCUCCAAAAGAUUCUGCGAAAGCUGUUGCACCGUUGCAUCUAAAUGAGCCCCUAGCUACUGAAGUUGUCGGCGGCAAUAACAUCGAUUCCGCAGCCCAACCGCUACCGACAUCAUCAAAAAACUCUCGCCAAGCCUGGAUGGAUUCAAUGUAAAAAUGGUGGUUCCACGAAAAGUAAAGCGUGCCCACAUGUCAGCCUCUGGCUCGGAUGACGCCCCAGCUCGCCGCACCAAGUUACAGCGACCGAAGAAACCUUGGCCUUCUUAGGGAGUGUCGAAGUGUGUCUUGUGACGUGUAGUGCAUGCCCCCUGGAGUUGUUCCCAGGGUGCCGACUUGAACAAAAUGACCAGGUCAGUUUGUUGAGACUUUCAUAACUUAAUGUGGCUGAGGCCCUGAAUAUUUAAUUAAAGUCACAGGGGUGCCGAAGUCCUAUAUACCAAGUCAAAAUUAUCAAUGUGGCCCUUGCGAAAAAUUGCGACAUUCUCUGUUUGCAAGAAACACAGCUUUUCACCAUUGGACAUGUUCUUGCUUUCAAACGCAUACCAACCUAUAUUGUUUUUUUCUCUUUCGCGACACCAUUCUCUAGUGAGGUCGGUAGCAUUAUUUUCGAAGGAGCUCUCUGUUAGAUCAUGUUUUUUUUUAUGAUGGGACAAGGCAAAUAUUGGGAUUUGACUGUGCACUAUCUUCAUUUAAGUUACGUAUUUUGUGCAUCUACGGACCAGCGCAAACCACUGCCUAAUUUUUUUCAUGACCUGGAUGUGUAUUUCCGAGACGGUUGUCACAUGGAGCUGAUGUGCAAGGCCCGGGCUGUGGUCGAUCUGACUGGAACAAAUGGGAGUUGUGUCAUCUAAUCCAGCACUUUUGUUGCUGGAUGCUUAUUGACUCAUACACGAAUCUUGGUUUAUCUGGACACGGCGCAACGCUUAGCAGGUUAUAUCGUGCCUAUGUGCCAAGCACUUUAGCUCUGUAUGUCUCACAAUCUGAUGUGAUAACUUUACCUUUACCUUCAUCUGCUGUUUAUAUCUCCGAUCAAAGACCAGUUAUGCUUGAAGUUUGCCUCUCCUUUCUCAUCAGUAAAACCUUGGCGCCUCGACAUCCGCAUUCUACAUGACAGGCGCUUGCUCUCUAGUUUGUCAAGAGCCGUGCAUGCCUCUCUGGACCUGGCCUAAAGUCAUUGGACGUGCUCAAAGUGCAGUGGCGCUUACAUCGUUCAGUUGAAGGAUGUACCCUUGGACAACUGUUGGAGGAACUAGCGGAUACUACCACAAAUGUUCGUAUUGCCCUUUGGGCCAAUCGACUGUCUCCGCUGAUGCAGGCCUGGAAGCCUGAACUACAUAGAUGUUUCCAAUGCCUCAUCGCAGCAUCGUCUUCGUCAGCUGCUACUUGGUGAUGCAGACAUAACCUGUGUGCGCACACAACCUGAAGUUCUGUGCUUCGCAAGAAACGCGCUUUUUAGACAGCCGAAGCCAUUGGGUUCUGUGGUUACAAGAGCAUUUCUUGUAUGCCUCCUGCGCUUAAUUCUUCACUCUUUGUAAUGCGUUUUGAAAACACGGCACCUACAGCUAUGCAAAUAGAUCAUGGUGCUCUAGGAUCUAAUACAAUGCUUAGUGGGCUGCCUCAGGUUCCACCUAAGGCAACCCACCUGUGCUACUCCAGGUUCCACCAAAGGUUUCACAAAGAUGGCUGAUUGUCUUUGUGCACGGCUGUCAGCUGAUGAGGUGAAGGAGUAUUUUCUUCCAUGAAGCGUGGCUCAGCCCCAGGACCAGACAGGUUGCCCGUUGAGCUUAUUUAACCUUCUGGGAAGAUGUUGGUGCCACUUUCAUGUCUGUUAUUUGCUGCUGCUCUGAGAACUCUAAAUUCCCAGUUAGUUAUUGCGACAGUUGCAUUGUGCUGAUACGCAGUCAUGGUCCAUCAUCAGUUCGUCCAGAGGAUUGAAGGUCAUUCAGGUUCUCACUGUUGACUACAAGACCUUUGCAGCUGUGUCACUCGACGCUUGGGAAGCCGGAUGCCUUUCUUAAUAGGACACCAUCAGGCAUGCUCAGUCCCUGGCAGAGAUAUACAUACUCUCGUUUGUUAAGUGGUACAUAAUGAUGUAUACCCUGACCAGAUCAGCACGGGGUCUCUGGGUUUCACUAGAUCAAGAAAAGGCAUUCGAUGGCUUUGAACAUAGCUACAUACUGUAGGACAUUGUUUAGUUUUUCGUCAAAUUUUGUUGAACUUAUUAGGAAUGCCUAUUCAAAUAUCUGAAGUGCAUUGUUUCUUGAUGGAGGUGAAAGUGCACCAUUUCCCAUUAUUCGUGGUGUUCAUCAAGGGUGCCCUUUAUUCCCAGUACUCUAUAUGCUCAGCCUUAAGCCAUUUCUGCACUCAUUACUGAGAGACCCUUAUGUGCGUAGCCUCCCACUGCCGGGUAGUGGUGUGAAGGCGACGGCCUUCGCCGAUAACAUCAGAUUGUAUCCCUUGAACGAAGGCACCUUAACCCAUAGCCUUUGAAUUUUCACUGAGUAUGGAAAUAUUUCAGGUGCGAUGCCAAAUUUUUCAAAAUGUCAGUUGGUUUCCUACAGACAUGCCUAAGUCCUUUUUUCCGUCUUCAAAAGAGCGAUUCUAUUCGUAUUUAGGCCUUGAUUACACCUAUUAUGGCAUAUCAGACUCUGUGUGGCUUUCUAUUCAUGAAGAUGCAGCACAACAUAUUCAGGAGGCUCAGGGGUACGAUUUACACGAAAGUACUUAGCACAGUCUCUAUUUUGCGGCCAUGUGUGGUACGUUUGUCACAUUGUACAGCCACCCUUAUGGGUUAGUACAUCAUUACAGGCCCCCCCUUAGUUCCUUCUUCUGGUCGGGCAGGUCAGAACUGGUCUGUCAGCGGCACUUGGGCAGCCACAUUCUGACAGUGGGUUCGCGUUUCCAUCUGUGUCUGUUUGCUGCCGGCUGCUUGCUCUGCGAUUUCUGCUCUGGCUGUUACUCGAUGAUCAGUGUCCUGCACGUGAACUAGCCAGCUAUUUUCUUUGCACAAAGAUUUGCUACCUGUUCUUGGGCGUACGCUUAAAUUGCAGGUCGCAAGUAUUAAACAUACCUUCAUUUUACUUUAUGGCCAGGUCAUUUUAUCGCCAUGUACAACAGGUAUGUCCUGAUGUAGCCAGCCUCGAAAACUGAGUUGUGAAUAGAAUGUCAGCUUUACUGCUUCCCCUGGUUAGCGCAGUGCGCCGUGCACAUUCCAAUAAUGUGUUGUGGGGUGCAAUAAUGACAUCCUUUCUGCCUGGCCAUCUGUGUAACUACGUGUGGCUUCUAGGGUGGCAAAUGCUCCCAACGCGUGGCAGACUAGAGCAGUGGGGCAUGAUCCCAUCUUCACUGUGUCCCAAUUGCCCCCUUUCAUGAAUCCUAUAAGCAUGUGCUGCAGCAAUGCGUCAUUGCUAGGAUAUUUUGGAGGGCCGGGCAUGCUGGUUUCCUGGCCUUGGAGUUAGCUGCUUUAUCAAAUCUGGUUGUUGCUCAUGUGGCCACCUUGCACGGCUUUUAAUUGCAACGGGACCUUUUGUCUGUGACGUAAUCGGUGCAAGGCAGUUGCCGUGUGAGAUUGCUGCCACCCUCUGUUUCUACUUCUAGGGAGGCUCUGCUCUGACCUACUGUUGUACCUGUCAGAGGAGCUCUUCUUCCUUUGUGGAGGGGAGUUUCUUUAACAGUAGUCACGCUGUUUCCUGUUGGUGGCUGAUGGACGCGUAUGGCUUAAUUUUCGACCAGCCAGGUUCUUGUAGCCAGGCUAUCGAAUGUAUUGAUUGAAUGUACAUAUUAUGUGGGUGCUCGUGAUUUCUGUGUGUGUGUACUCUCGUAUGCUUGAAAAUUUUUGUAUUAGCACAUCUCAUAGCAUCACUACAUAAUUAUGUAAAGUGCCCCGGUCACAUCACCAUUGUACAUAACCAUUGUGUGCAUUGUACAUAUUCAACAUUUUAUAUAACGUGACAGUUAGUUUAUGUGUAACUGUGCAUUUCUGUGGGUCUAUGUGGUUAUAUGUUAGUGAGGCCAUGUGGACUCUGACAUUUAUUUGAAAACAUGUUGUGUACACAUUGCCCAGGACUCUGUAUAUGUUAUCAUCCAGUGGAACUGUGUCAUCAUUGCGACUCAAAAUGUUCGCAUCGUCUUUUGUCGAAAUUAAUUUUUUCUAAACAAAUUUCUCUGAAAACAUAUGCCAUGUAUAUAGUGCUCACUUUGUAAAUGAUCUCACCCUGCUCGUAUCAUGCUGUCACCAUGACUAACAAUGUUAGUGACGUCUUGUUGGAAUAAACUUUUUCUCUGGUA